CCUUUUUCACCUCUUCUCCUUCCCUUCUUAUGUUCUUACUUUCUUCAUCACACAUAAGAAACACUGUAGAGAGGGGGAGAGAGAGAGAGAGACUGGACUGGUGUGCAGACUACUCGCUGGGAGAAAUUUGAUUGAUCGAUAGAUAAAAGUAGUUGAUUCCUCAAGGUUAUGGGUUCCAUGAAUUCAAACAACUGGCUUUCGUUCCCUCUUUCCCCGAAUCAGUCUUCUUUACCACCAAGUUUGCAUGCGUCUCAUCAGUCUCACCAUUUUUCUCUAGGGUUAGUAAACGAUAAUAUCGAUAACGCUUUUCAAAACCAAGUAGAGUGGAAUUUGAUCAACGCUCAAGGCAGCGGCGAAGUUCCAAAGGUUGCAGAUUUUCUCGGAGUGAGCAGCAAAUCUGAUCAGAACCACUCAGAUCUUGUGCCUUACAAUCAAAUUCGGGCCAACGAUACUGACUACCUAUUUCCAAGCAACAGUCUCGUACCAGUUCACAGCACAUUAGGAACAACUACUGCCAAUAACUAUGUAGAUCUUCAAGAAAAUGCCAGCAAUAUGCAGUCAUUGACACUGUCCAUGGGCAGUGGCAAAGGCUCUACAUCCGAAACCAGCAUUGAGAAUAGCAAUAGCAACACUACUGCUACGGCUGCUGAAGGUGCUCCCAGAAGGACUUUGGAUACGUUUGGCCAGAGAACCUCAAUAUAUAGAGGUGUAACAAGGCAUAGAUGGACAGGAAGGUAUGAAGCUCAUCUCUGGGAUAACAGUUGUAGAAGGGAAGGCCAAUCGAGGAAAGGUCGUCAAGUCUAUUUGGGUGGGUAUGACAAAGAAGAGAAAGCUGCAAGGGCUUAUGAUCUGGCUGCGCUCAAGUACUGGGGAACAUCUACCACUACAAACUUCCCUAUAAGUAAUUACGAGAAGGAACUUGAAGAGAUGAAACAUAUGACCAGACAAGAAUUUGUGGCCGCAAUUCGAAGGAAGAGUAGUGGCUUCUCUAGGGGUGCGUCAAUGUAUCGUGGGGUUACAAGGCACCACCAGCAUGGAAGAUGGCAAGCAAGGAUUGGAAGAGUCGCCGGAAACAAGGACCUGUAUCUGGGAACAUUCAGUACGGAGGAGGAAGCAGCCGAAGCUUAUGACAUUGCGGCAAUAAAGUUCAGAGGGCUCAACGCAGUGACAAACUUCGACAUGAGCCGCUACGACGUGAAGGCGAUUCUUGAGAGUAACACUUUGCCAAUUGGAGGAGGCGCAGCCAAGAGAUUGAAGGAAGCCCAAGCCAUUGAAUCUUCGAGAAAACGCGACGAGAUGAUCGCCAUCGGCUCAACCUUCCAAUAUGGAAGCUCAAGCUCGGCCAGUUUCCACCCUUACUCUCUAGUACAACAGCAGCAGCAGCAGCAGCAGCAGCAACCAUACGAGCAAGCUCAGCCUUUACUAUCUUUGCAAAGCCAUGAGAAUUACCAUCUUCAAGACUCCCAGUUUCACCAGAAUUUCCUCCAAACGCAGCUGCAGCUGCACCAGCAACCUAGCUCCUACUUGAAUCCUUCCAACCAGAAUUCCCAUUUCUACAACAAUUAUCUUCAGAAUAACCCGGUUUUGCUUCAUGGAUUGAUGAACAUGGGCUCCUCGUCCUCGGUCAUGGAAAAUACCGGCAGUUCCAGUGGAAGCUACAGUGGAGGGUAUUUGGGAAAUGGGCUUGGGAUUGCUUCAAAUUCUACAGCCACCAACGCCGGCGGUGGCUCUGCUGCCGAUCAACUGGCGCUUGUGAAGAUUGAUUACGACGUGCCGUCGGCCCCCUAUGGCAGCUGGUCCUGUGACUCGGUUCAAGGAUCCAAUCCUGGGGAUUUUUCAAUGUGGAACGAAUGAAGAGCUGUGGAUGAAGAGGAAGAAACAAUGCUUGGUUUCAGCAAUUUAAUUACCUUUGGUUUUAUGCGUUUCACAUAAGUAGCAUCAAUUAAUGUCUCAUAGGAACAACUAAAAGCAGCAGGCCUGUGCGCUUAGUAAUGAUUAUCCUUCCUAAGUCUCAUCUCUUUCUUGAAUUCACCUUUCUCCUUUUUAAGGUUUACUUUGCUUGUUUUUUUUUU